UUCCAGCACUUAUUUGGAUUUAACGGUGACGUCUGAAAGCCGUUAGGAAACGACGAGGGCAUCCCGUUUCCCUCAGAAAAACAAAAGGGGCGGGCUGAAUUAUUUGAGGCCGCGCCGGCGCGGUACUAGGUGGUUACGCGCACGCGCACUGGAGUAAUCUUGGAGGGGCGGAGUGGAGCGGCCUGGUAGUGGCGGCGGUGCUGAAGCACUGCUUUGGAGCCGGGCUGCAGGGAGUUGCAGGGACGGCAUCAUGAGCUCGGACGGUAACGACGAGUUCUAUCAGCAGUUGCGGCUCCAGGAACUCUAUGGCAAAAAGGAUGCUGAAGGGGAUAGUGAUCCCUUCACUUACACGGACCCGACGGACGGGACCCAGUACGAGUGGGACCGCGACAAGAGGGCCUGGUUCCCUAAGGUGACUGAAGACUUCCUGGCGACGUAUCAUGCUAACUAUGGCUUUCCAACUGACAGUUCAGAUAAUUCAACUGCAUCGGUUGCAAAGACUGACAUCAAACCACCGGUGGAUUCAAAGAUGGCUGGAGUCCAGCAGCUGGUAGAGCAAAAAGGGUCACAACAAACAGAACCUAAACAGAAAGGAGAGAAACGAAAACCUGAAGCAGGAUGGUUUCACGUUGAAGAACAGAGAAAUACAAAUGUAUACGUAACGGGUUUACCGCCAGACAUUACACAAGAUGAAUUUGUUCAGGUUAUGUCAAAAUGUGGAAUUGUUAUGCGUGAUCCUCAGACAGAUGAACCUAAAAUUAAGCUUUACAAGGACAAAGAGGGAAAUCUUAAAGGAGAUGGGCUCUGUUGUUACCUAAAGAGAGAGUCUGUUGAACUUGCACUGAAACUUCUGGAUGAAAAUGAGAUUAGAGGCUACAAAUUGCAUGUGGAAGUUGCACAGUUUCAGAUCAAGGGGGAGUACGAUGCCAGCAAAAAGAAGAAGAAAUGCAAAGACUAUAAGAAGAAGCUGUCUCAACAACAAAAACAGCUGGAUUGGAGGCCAGAGAAGAAACCGGGUGAUGUUAGACUGAGGCACGAGCGUGUUAUCAUUAUCAGAAACAUGUUUCAUCCAACAGAUUUUGAGGAGGACCCAUUAGUUCUGAAUGAAAUUAGAGAAGACCUUCGGACGGAAUGUGAAAAAUUUGGACAAGUAAAGAAAGUCAUAAUAUUUGAUAGGCACCCAGAUGGCGUUGCUUCUGUGUCCUUUAAAGAGAUGGAAGAAGCUGAUGUGUGUAAACAGGCACUCCAUGGGCGAUGGUUUGGUGGACGUCAGCUGUGUGUUGAAACAUGGGAUGGUGUAACAGAUUACCAGGUUGAAGAGACUGCAAGAGAAAGGGAAGAGAGACUGAAGGGGUGGGAAACGUUUUUAGUUGAUCCGAAUUUAGCAAAACCGAAAACGGCAUUGGGUACAGAUACUUCAGAAACUGGUGUCAAAUUGCCUGAAGGAGUUCAGCAAUCUAACAGUGCAUCAGAGGGAGAUCUGAAGGAUAAAGCAACUGAGAGGGAAGAUAAUGGAGAAGACACUAAUGAAGAUGUCACAGCAUCCACAGACAGCAGUGUUGCCGGCAGUGAUGAGGAAGCAGAGACAUAAUGCUAUGGACUUAUUUGGAAAAGCAUGUCUUUAGGGUAAUCUUUAGACCUCUCUUAUCCUAUGCUUCAGAGCAAUUGCAGGCAGCAUUCAAAUCAGUACAUAUAUUACUUUAUUAGGAUGUCAUCGAUGUGUGCUUUUGAGGUAUUUCAUUAAAAGCAGUAUUUAAUGACAAUCUUAAAAAAAAUCAGUUUGGCUGCCAUUCAAGCUGUGUGCAUUCUAAGUUGCCACAAGUGCUGCUGAACUGACUAGCCACCUUAUGUUGUAUCUUUGCUUGUCAGUGUUCAAAGUACAUCAUUGUGAGUAAGUACAGACUUGCAGUUCCCAUUAAUUACACCCAGACCUUUAGGAAUACAGAGGUAUGAAUGCUUUUCAGUGCUUGCUUUAAUUCCACACCCCACCCUUUCCCUCCAAACUCGAUAAUCUUCCUGAAUGGUAUGAAUCCUUUACCAAUCCUUGGGUUGACCAGUACAUGCUUAUAUCCGCUGGUUUUCCUUAUAACAGUCACUUAAGAAAUAACAGGGUCACUGAGGAUGCAUUGUCAACACUGAAGGGGAGGGAAAGAAGAAAAUGAUAUUGCAAUGAAAGAUCCUUGCGAUUGGAGGCGUGUUGAUCGAUAUAUAAAAUUAUUGUUGUUCAAGUCCUGUUAAUUUGCCCUGUUGUCAGCUCAGUCUGAGGGAGACUACAAUGACAAAUGGAAAUACAUGUGCAUAAGAUUAAUCUUUUUUUAAAAAAAAAUCUUUGAUGAAUUCACAUUGGAAGUGCACAGAGAGCUUUAUGUGUUGUGGAAGUGUGUGUGGGUUUUUGGUUUUUUUUUGUAUUAUUGUGUUCAAAUGUACCCAGUUUUCUGACACUUGUCAAGGGUGGUGGUGUACAAGGCCUGUUCUUUUUAGAUGUGGCUUGACUACAGGAAACUUAAAACUGAGGCUGAUUCCCAACAUGGUCGCACAGAUUCCUAAAUAUAGGGAAAUGUGCUGAUUUCUAGAUAUUAGCCAUUCAGUCGAAGCAAGUUUAAGCUGUCCAAGAAUUUCAAAAUGUUAUGUCUGAAACUAUUGUCCAAAGCCCUUAACGGGAUGUCUCGAAUAGGAAAGCACAUUCUCUGCCUCUUUUCUUUAAUAGUAUCUAACCACAGGAAGAUCCAAGGUGUGCAGCUUGGGUGUGAAACAGGCCACUUUCAUAUUUUUUACAAUAAAUGUAAAAGCAUUUACUUUAUCUGUUUGUAUUUGAAAUUCAUAAUUACGUUAAUAGAUGUUUGAAAAUAAUUCUCAUCACUUUGAACUGCUGGGCUAUGGGAAUCUGUGACUACGUACAUGAAAACUGGGAAUUUGAGUAUAACUGGUGAAUAUAAUAUUGGGUAUGAUUUCAUAAUAUUUUGUGUUCACCCAGAUGACCAAAUUGCACACACGUCUCCACUGAAGGAAUAGCAGAAAAUGUGAUUAAUAUUGAAUGUAAAAGACUUUACAGGAUUUUCUCAGACUAUUUUGCAUCCUUGGACAUUGUAGAUGAGAUGACAGCAGAUAAGAAUUCAAACUGAAAUAUUUUUGUGCAGGUUUAGCUGUGCUAGAUUUUAUUAACUUUACUAGUGUGACAGUUCAUUUUAAAUAAAAUAUUUCUGGAACUUAAGCAGUUGUCCCAUUCUGGGCGGAAAAAACCCUCUUCAGAUCAUUAGUUGCAUUUUUUGAUGUCCUU